UAUUAUUUCAGUUAGGUUCGAAAUUGAUCUAGGGCGGCGGAAAGCAGAGGCGGUGGUGGGGUUAACAGCGAGUAUUUAGGGUUUAGCUGAACCGACUCCGCUCCUCCGCCGGCCGCCGCCGUUUGCCAUGACGAGACCAUGCGCCACCCGCCUCCUCUCGUCCAUCCGCCGCGCACAGAGCAACCGGCUCCGCCCGCUGUCCAUCCUCGUCUUCGAGGGCGCCGCGAACGGCGUCGAGCGGCGGGCGAUGUCGACCGCGGCGCGUGCCAACGAGGAAAAGGAUCCUUGGUGGAGGGAGGCGAUGGGCCGGAUGCGCAACAUCGGAAUCUCGGCCCACAUCGACUCCGGAAAAACCACCCUCACCGAGCGGGUGCUCUUCUACACGGGGAGAAUUCACGAGAUCCAUGAGGUCCGCGGCAAGGACGGAGUGGGCGCGAAGAUGGACUCGAUGGACCUCGAGAGGGAGAAGGGAAUUACGAUCCAAUCAGCCGCGACCUACUGCACAUGGAGCGGAUAUCAGGUUAAUAUCAUUGAUACACCAGGUCAUGUUGAUUUCACCAUCGAAGUUGAAAGAGCUUUGCGUGUUCUUGAUGGUGCUAUUUUGGUGCUCUGUAGUGUCGGGGGUGUACAAAGUCAGUCAAUUACUGUUGAUCGUCAGAUGAGAAGGUAUGAAGUCCCAAGGGUUGCAUUUAUCAACAAGUUAGACCGGAUGGGAGCAGAUCCAUGGAAGGUUCUUAAUCAGGCACGACAUAAACUACGGCACCACAGUGCAGCCUUACAAUUUCCCAUUGGAUUAGAAGAAGCAUUUCAGGGUCUUGUGGAUCUUGUGGAGCUGAAAGCGUAUUACUUUCAUGGAUCAAAUGGUGAGAAGAUUGAAACAGCUGAUAUCCCACAGCAUUUGGAGGCUCUGGUUGCAGAAAAGCGGCGUGAACUUAUCGAAGUUGUUUCUGAAGUAGAUGAUAAGCUUGCUGAAGCUUUUCUCAAUGACGAACCAAUUUCUCCCAGUGAACUCAAGAUGGCAAUUCGGAGAGCUACAAUAGCACGCAAAUUUGUUCCUGUCUUCAUGGGAAGUGCUUUCAAGAAUAAGGGGGUACAACCACUUUUAGAUGGAGUUCUUCAUUAUUUGCCUUGCCCAACUGAAGUUGAAAACUUUGCCCUUGACCAAAACAAGGAUGAAGAAAAGAUUUUAUUAUCUGGGACUCCAUCUGGGCCAUUUGUUGCUUUAGCUUUCAAACUGGAAGAAGGUCGUUUUGGUCAAUUGACUUAUCUGAGAAUCUAUGAAGGUGUCAUUCGCAGAGGUGACUUUAUGAUAAAUGUAAACACAGGGAAAAAGAUUAAAGUUCCUCGUCUGGUUAGGAUGCAUUCUGAUGAGAUGGAGGAUAUUCAAGAAGCCCAUGCUGGGCAGAUUGUUGCAGUCUUUGGUGUAGAUUGUGCAUCAGGUGAUACUUUUACAGAUGGUUCAGUUAGAUAUACCAUGACUUCCAUGAAUGUUCCUGAGCCAGUCAUGUCUUUGGCUGUCUCACCUAUAUCAAAAGAUUCUGGAGGACAAUUUUCAAAAGCUUUAAACCGAUUCCAGAAAGAGGAUCCUACAUUUCGUGUUGGAUUGGACACUGAGAGUGGCCAAACAAUUAUUUCUGGGAUGGGAGAGUUGCAUUUGGACAUUUAUGUCGAGCGCAUCCGGAGGGAAUACAAAGUCGAUGCAAAAGUUGGAAAGCCUCGUGUUAACUUCAGGGAGACUGUUACUCAAAGCUCUGAUUUUGAUUAUCUUCACAAAAAACAAACUGGAGGUCAAGGUCAAUAUGGACGAGUGUGCGGGUACAUUGAACCUCUUCCAAUGGAUUCUCCUGUAAAAUUUGAAUUUGAGAACAAUAUUGUAGGACAAGCAAUACCCUCAAGCUUCAUCCCAGCUAUUGAGAAAGGUUUCCGAGAAGCUUGCAACUCUGGUUCCUUGAUUGGACAUCCUGUUGAAUACAUCCGAAUAGUUUUGACAGAUGGGGCAUCACAUGCUGUUGAUUCGAGUGAGCUUGCAUUUAAGCUGGCAGCUAUAUAUGCAUUUAGAAAGUGUUAUUCUACAGCUAGACCUAUCAUAUUGGAACCAGUGAUGAAGGUGGAGUUGAAAUUUCCGACAGAAUUUCAGGGCACUGUUACUGGUGAUAUUAACAAGCGGAAAGGUUUGAUCGUUGGAAAUGACCAGGAUGGCGAUGAUACAGUGGUGGUUUCUCAUGUACCACUAAACAACAUGUUUGGAUAUUCGACAUCCCUCCGCUCCAUGACACAGGGCAAAGGCGAGUUCACCAUGGAAUACCUGGAACACUCUCCUGUCUCACAAGAAGUACAAACACAACUAGUCAAUCAACACAAUGUAGACAAGUCCCAACAGUAAAUGCACACGAUAUAUGCUGCAAAUUUAAUAUAUUAAGACCAUUCACUAGAAACCAUUAUUUCAACUUCCUAUUUAUUGUGUACUACAUGCCAAAUUUUUGAUCCAACUGUAAGCAGAUGAUAGCUAUCAGGAUUACUUAUUGUAAUAAGCAAGGAUAGAUAUCAGCUGCACAAUAUUUAAGAUUUUUGAGUUUAGACCUUUUUAUUCAAAAAAUGAAUAAUCUUGGUCUUGUACUUUACCAAAA